AUGACCGACGACCAACUGACUCAAUUUAUGAAGAAGCACCGUGAUUCAACGGGUAUUUACAGCCUUCCUGUUGAUGGAUGGGAGAAACUGUCAAAGGACGAGCGCGAGCGUCUUGCUAGCAGAUUGAAAUCCAAGGGGCGAGUUAUCUCUCUGCACAGUGAGCCCAGCUCACAGCCGCUUGAUCUCGAUGAUCUCGAUGCGCGCCUACGUCAAGUCCCGCCAAAUGAGCAGAACGAGAGGUGGAAGGACUUUCGCAAGUGGCAAAAGGAUAACCGAGGACUCGAGGACGAGAACGACACCUACGACGCUCAUGUCAAAGAGGCGACGUUCUGGGCGAAGCGAAUCAAGCUUGACUGGGCGCGAGCUGACUUCGAGGACAAGUUGAAGAGGAAUCCAUUGUGUCUCGAGGCUGAAUGGAGGUAUGAAAUGAAGGCCCGCAACCGCCAGCGGCUCCGGUGUCGAGAGCGCGACUGUAACGGUUUCGCCGACUAUUUUGAGGCCGUCAAGCGUCGUCUCGCCAGUCAUGGCAUGGCUCGACCCUUUGAAUUCAAGGAGGAUCCCACACAGCAAGACCAGCUCACCACAUGGAUUGAGUAUCUCGGCUACGAAUAUUGGUGUCUUGAUGAACACGCCGGGGAUAUGGAACGUCUGGCCCCUAAACACGACGAAGCUUGGAAAAGACUCGUCGACGCCAAGAUCGUCGGACCUCACGAAACCAUAGACGACAUACGUUCCAUGAGAGGCUCACUCCAGCGUGAAAACGACGCUCAACAAGCUCACACCGAGGUCCGUACGGCGAAAGCAGAGGCCCAAAGAGUCUUCGACCUGACCCAGGAAUCACCAGAGCGCUUCCUGAUUCCCGAGAAGCAACGGGUAGAGAUGCUGAACAAGGUGUCCCGAGAUGUCGAGCGUGCUGAACGUCGUCAUAAAAGAGUCAAGGUUCGAAAUGACAAAGUGAGCGCUUUUGUCAGCGGCACGCAUGAAUAUGCCAGGGCGAAGAUGAAGUGGACUUGCCACAGUUUGUAUGUGCAGUGGGUUCUGAAGCAGCUUCCGUUGGUUGAAGCCGAGAUGGCGCAGGCCGAGGCGGAAAAGUCUCAUGCGAGCCAGAACAGGGGGAAGAAGCGAAUGCUCAGUCCCCAAGAAAAGUCUCCCGCUGGCCCCAGCCAGAAGAGACAGAAGAUGGCGCAAGGAUCGCUUUCACCUGCAGACGGCAACUUGAAUAAACCAGCAGAGGGCACGGCGCAGAGGAAAGAGAAAGCCCAAAGUUCGAGGCCGACCAAGGCGGCUCGGAAGCGUUCGUGUCGAUCUGCAGAUGCCUCUUCACUUCCACCAGGUGGGCUUCGUCGCAGUGCACGCAUUGCAGCACGUCAACCUCCUGCCCAACCAGAACCACGUCAAUUGCGCCCGCGACCAACGAAGAAGCCGACUAGAAAGUCAGAGACCAGUACUGGUGUGAAGGGAAAGAAAGGUGGCGGAGUAGGGAAGAAGAAGUCUGGAAUCAAGACCAGGUCAAAGACGAGUCGUCGUUGA